AUGAAGGCAGCUCUGGCGCUUGUGCUCUCUCUCGCCCUGCUGGCUUCCUUCUCAGGCCCUGUCCUGACAUUUGCAGGGGCCUCCCCGAUCCUGACGGAAAAGCAGGCCAAACAGCUCCUGAGGUCCAGGCGCCAGGACAGGCCGAGCAAACCCGGGUUCCCCGACGAGCCCAUGCGGGAAUACAUGCACCACCUGCUCCGCCUGGAGCGCCGCGCCGAGGAGCAGUUCCUGGAGCACUGGCUGAACCCCUUCUGCAAGCCCCACUGUGACAGGAACCUGGUCCAUCCCGUGUAA